AUGAGUGAAACAGUUCCUUUAACUAGUAUUAAUGAUAAUAAACCUACACAAUUAAAUGAACAAGUUCAUGAAAUAGAAGAUGAAGGAAUUCCAUUGGUUGAAGGCAAUGAAAGUCAUGGAUAUACUCAACUUGAAUGGGAUUUAUUUUGGGGGUUCUCAGUUGAUUACGAAUUUAACUCUAAACAACUUUUUCAUAGAAUGAAAUAUAAUAUUGAUACAUUUAAAUUAAAUUAUAUUGUGUUAUUUACCAUAUUAUUUAGUAUUUCUUUUUUAGUUAAACCAAUAUAUGGACUUAUUCAUCUCUUAAUAUCUUUGUCAUUCAUUAUUAUCUUCUUCAAUCAAAAAUCUCCUGUUGUUCGUUUUUAUUUAAAAGUUGCACCAAUUGUUUUAUUACUAUUUUACUUUAUCCUUUACAUCAUUUUUGUUGUUUAUUCUCAAAGUGUUGGAUUAAUUGGAGUGUUUAUGUUCUCAUUAAUCGUGUGUGUUGGUCAUAUGAUGGUAAAAGCAAAUUCAAUGGAAUUUGUUGGUGAUUUCGAGUUUGAGCUUUAA